UGGUGUUGAGACUGGCAAUUUUCUUCCACCAAGAAUUCAACCGUCUGAAUAAAUGAGGUUGAACCACAAAACGUCACAUAGACAUAGGUAGCCAUUAUUUGGCCGGCCUUACUUCAAACUACAUAUAUUUCCAUCUUUUAGUAGUCAGUAUAGAGUCCAUUCUUUUUCUCUCUCUCAAAAAUUUUCAAACUCUUGCACCUGAUAACCGCGACUUCUUUUAUCAUCUUUUGUCUCCAAGUACUACCACUUUCUGAGAAUUGAUUCUUGAACAAACCUUGGUAUGGAAGAGAGCAUAAGAAAUGUUGUCGUUUCUGGGGUUAUUUCAUGGUCAACGGCUUUUGUGUUGAUCAGAAAAGCUUUCCCAAAGCGUUCCUUUGAGUUCUACAACCGCCUUGUGUCCACAAUCCAUGCAGUUCUUGCAGUGACACUGGCUUCUCUCUCUGUUGAAGAUUGGAGUUGCCCCGUUUGUCCUUUGGCUUCAAAUUCUUCCCCUAAGCAGAUGAAAGCUUUGGCCGUGAGCCUUUCAUAUCUCAUAUAUGAUCUGAUAUGUUGUCUCUUUGACAAAAAAGUGAAUGUUGACAAUUCCGUCCAUCAUUUAGUUAGCAUCGUUGGAAUUGGCGCUGGUCUUGCCUAUGGAAAGUGUGGAUCAGAAAUGGCGGCGGCGCUGUGGAUAACAGAGAUCUCCAGCCCUUUCCUACACUUGAGAGAACUUUUAAAAGAGCUUGGCUACAGGGAUACCGACCUAAAUUUAGCAGCUGAUAUAUUAUUUGCAUUGAUAUUCACGGUAGCGAGGAUGAUAUGUGGACCUUAUCUCACUUACGUGACUCUCAAAGCUAGGAAUCCUCUCAUCAUACAGGCCAUGGCAAUGUCAUUGCAGUUAGUCAGCGCUUUCUGGUUCUACAAGAUUGCGAGGAUGGUUAAAUACAAACUGACGAAGAGAUCCAUGCCCAAAAAACUUGCCUGAAAACGCUACAUCAUCAAACAUAAUUGUAUCUACGAAGAAAAAACAUCGUAUUGCAACUUUUAUUUAUGCCUCACGAGAUCCAAGUCUUAUUGUGCAAAUCAAGUUACCUGAAUGGUUGAUUCUUUUGAUAGAACCAAUGGAAUUGAAAUAAAGAAUCGAUGUGUUAUUAUG